GAGGAGGAGGAGAAGGAGGGGGGAUACACACACACAUACGCUUCCCGCCCCGCGUCUGAAAACCCCUCUGACAAGUGGCAAACCGCUAGCAGAGCACGCUGCUCCUUCCGAAGAGCGGGUGGAAGCUGCGGGGGCUCGCCCCUAGCCCAGCCCUGCUGCCGGCUUUUGGCUCCUCGCCCCCCUCCCAUCACCUCCUUUCCUGUCGCCCCUGCUGUGGCGCUGAGUGGAGACCCGCUGCCGGGCGGCGUGCGGCGCUGGCUGCUGUCUCGCCUUGAAAGUGUGCGAGCCGGUUGAGGGCUUUCCUUCUACUUACAGCUAAUUUUUUUAUUAUUAUUAUUUUAUCUUUUUCGCUCUUUAUUUUUCUCGUACUUUAUUGUUACUGCUUUUUGUUGCCGCUGUUUGAAAACUAAUUGCCUCCAUGGGGGGCGGAGGAAUGGAAAUCAGAGCUGCCGCAGCUGAAGGGUGUAAAGGCGCGCUGGUGAAGAGCCGCGGAGCCGCAGGACGGGAUGGCAGCGGGCAGCGCGGCCGCGGCGGGGAUUGCUGCCCGCGGUGGGCCGGACCGUGCGGCUCGGCGCUGGCGGCUCUCCUCUCCGCGCUGGCUACCGCCUCCUGCGUCUACCUGGGGGUGCGGACCAACGACCUACAGGCCAGGGUCGCGGCCAUCGAGGGCGCCCGAGGGGGCUUCUCUACCGCCGCCCCCCUCCCGCCGCUGCCCGGCUUCUCCCUGGAGCAGCUGAACGCGAUGAUGCAGGAGAAAGUAGAGCGGCUUCUCGCCCAGAAAUCCUACGAGCACUUGGCAAAAAUACGAGUAGCGAGAGAAGCGCCUCCAGAGUGCAACUGCCCACCAGGUCCUCCAGGGAAAAGAGGUAAGCGGGGCAGAAGAGGAGAGACUGGACCUCCUGGUCUACCAGGGCGAAAUGGCUAUCCGGGUCCGAUUGGUAUGGAUGGAAAGCUGGGUCAACCUGGUCCUCAAGGCCCUCCUGGUCCAAAAGGCGAGAAGGGAGAUCAAGGUGAUCAGGGCCCUCGGAUGGUGUUUCCUAAAAUCAAUCAUGGGUUUCUCUCAGCUGAUCAGCAGCUCAUUAAACGCCGCCUCAUUAAGGGGGACCAAGGACAAGCUGGACCCCCUGGACCUCCAGGGCCACCAGGACCCAGAGGGCCACCAGGAGAUACGGGCAAAGAUGGUCCUCGCGGGAUGCCAGGCUUACCGGGUGAGCCAGGAAAACCAGGAGAACAAGGAUUAAUAGGACCUCAGGGGCCUCCAGGACAAAAGGGUUCUGUCGGAGUGCCUGGUGUUCCAGGGAGAGACGGACAAGUGGGUGAACCUGGUUUGCCUGGCAUAGCAGGAGAGAAGGGAGCAGCAGGGCUUAAGGGUGACCCUGGAGAAAGAGGAGAAAAGGGUGAUGCUGGAGAAAAUGGACAGAAGGGUGACACAGGAGAAAAGGGUGACCCUGGUUCUUCUGCUGCAGGAAUUAAGGGUGAACCUGGUGAAUCUGGACGGCCUGGACAAAAGGGUGAACCAGGUCUUCCUGGGCUUCCUGGACUCCCUGGGAUAAAGGGUGAACCAGGUUUCAUUGGUCCGCAAGGAGAACCUGGGUUGCCAGGGCUACCAGGAACAAAGGGUGACAGAGGAGAGGCUGGUCCUGUUGGGAAGGGUGAGCGAGGUGAACCUGGAGUUCCUGGACCAAAGGGAAAAACAGGUGAACCUGGAUCUAGAGGCCCAAAAGGGUCAAAGGGUGAUACAGGUGACAGAGGUGACACAGGAUCUACAGGUCCACGGGGACCACCUGGACAGAAGGGCGAUCAAGGUGCAACAGAGAUAAUCGAUUAUAAUGGCAAUAUCCAUGAAGCACUGCAGAGGAUCGCCACCCUGACCGUCACGGGGCCACCAGGACCACCAGGACCCCAAGGGCUACAAGGGCCAAAGGGUGAACCAGGAUCCCCAGGAGCUCCAGGAGUUGAUGGCGAGCAAGGUCCUAAAGGCUCAAAAGGCGAUACAGGUGAUCCUGGAAUAUCUGGAGAAAAGGGAGGAAUUGGACUGCCUGGCCUGCCAGGAGCCAAUGGUAUGAAGGGCGAAAAAGGAGAUGUUGGUUUGCCUGGUGCCCAGGGUCCUUCAAUGAUAGGACCACCGGGACCACCAGGGCCACAUGGUCCUCCAGGCCCCAUGGGACCUCAUGGACUGCCUGGCCCAAAGGGUGAACCAGGGUUAAAUGGUCUUAAAGGAUUGAAGGGUGAACCAGGUCAAAAGGGUGACAGAGGGCCCCUUGGUCUUCCAGGAGCAUCUGGCUUAGACGGAAAGCCAGGACCCCGGGGUGUAGAUGGCCCAGUUGGUCCCCAUGGCCCCGCAGGUCCUAAAGGAGAGAGAGGUGAAAAGGGAACCAUAGGUGACCCUGGACCCAGAGGACCAUACGGCUUGCCUGGUAAAGAUGGAGAGCCUGGCAUUGAUGGUUUCCCUGGUCCUCGAGGAGAAAAGGGUGAUAUAGGAGAAAAGGGAGAAAAGGGGGAAAAGGGAAAGAAAGGCAAAAAGGGGCCUAAAGGGGAGAAAGGAGAACAGGGUGCUCCUGGAUUAGAUGCACCUUGCCCAUUGGGUCCCGAUGGAUUACCAAUGCCUGGCUGUUGGCAAAAGUGAUGAAUCUAACCAUACAAGCAUGAAGUUGUGUAUAUAGUGCUCCACUUUUUGUAUUUAUAGUUGAAAACUGAAAAUUUGAUUUUACGAGUCUGAGAUAUGUUUACAUGUAGCUGCUUUUACUUGUUUGCAAUAGUCCAUGUGUACAUCUGGUUUUCACUUACAUCUGCAGUUAGAUGAUAUAUAACUGCAGGGUAAACCUGCAAAGAUUCUCUCUUGCAUUAGAGAGAGAUCUCAAUACAAUGAUCAAUAAUAAAAAUCUGAUUAUUUCUGUAAAUUCUUAUAUUUUGGCUUGUGGACCUGCAUGGACAAUGAGUGCCAUGAACUAGUUUACAAGAAAUUGUGACCAAAUAAGAGCAAAAUGCUACAAAAUGUACUGUACCAGCCGCCAUUGAAGUUUACUGACUUGGCUUCCAUGUCCAUCUUAAAUACUUCACUGAUUCGUGCCACAUCUGCUUGUACAGACUAAAAGCAUGAGUUUGUGUGCCAGACCUGCUUGUUGUGUGAUCACGUUAUGUACUAAAUGGCUGCUCACGGUGACCUUUGAUUCCAGUUUCUGAAUCAUUUCCUUUUGUCAUCCCAAGGGAGUCACACCAUGGCUUAUUGCUAAAAAGAGAUAAACCAGAGGAGGAUAGAAAGAGGCCUUGAAUUUUUGGAGAAUAGAGUUCCAGCUGCAGGUGGAUGGCUUCCAGUCUUGCGGGUUACUUGGCCCCUUUGAUCAAAGGGGGUCCCGCCUGUUAAUCAGCAUCAGUUUGCCUUGCACUGCUCACGGUCGUGAAGACAUUCACCGUUCACGACAGGCCCUGUCAAGUCCUUAAUCAAGAAGGAAGGAAGUCUGAAGAAGAAACCAGACUUCUCUGUGGGUUGUUUGAAAAGGUUACAGUGGUGCUGCAGGGAUCGUUUCUCCAUGGCAGACACCUCCUGAGACCAGAAGUUUCUCAACCUUACGAGGAUGGACAGAGUAUGUACUCUGCAUAUUGUGUUUUGGGACUGCUGGAGGAAACAGCAUUCUUGAGGCGAGGAUGAAUCAGAACAUCCUCCAGUGGAGGAGGAUAAUGGAACUGACCAGAGACAUAUGUACCAUGGUGUGAUUUUCAGGUGAUUCAGUUGAAAUUACACAAAACUAGCAGAACUUUUCUGCAGAAUUUUGGAAGCUAUGGUUAAUUUUGUUUCCUUUUCCCAUAACUGUUGCCAUAAAGGAUGCAUUUCAAUAAUCUGUUUAACAUUUGUGAUGUUGGCAUUGAAGAAAAUACUUCAAGCCAGACAUGCAUCUUGUUUCAGUAUUUAGUUUUUAUUUUCGGGUCUUUGAAGCCUUUAAGUCUAAAAAAAAAAUAGUUUAUUUUUGUGUUUCACAAAUUGAUUUAUAUUCAUAAUUGAUCUUGUUCUUUUUCUGCUGUUACAGUGACCUUACUUGACAUUAUUAUUCAAAAAACAUUGGAGAAGCAAGUCUGUGUGAUUACCACUGCACGCUUGUUACCGCACUACACUGUUAAAGGUGUCAGUAUUUCUCCAUUUCUGUUCAGAUGACUAGUUUUCUAGGCAAACAUGGGCAAAGUUUUGCUUUUAUUGUUAGAAAUACUGAAUUUGUGCACAUUUGUAGUUUUUGCCAUGAGAUAUUUCUUCCAGUUUUGAGUCUUCAUAUGGUGCGCUGUAGUUAGUUUGAGAGGCUAGGUUAUGAGAAAUGGUGCCAUAUUUGGCACAUGGAAGUUCUUUUUAUAGCACUCCCAUUCCUAGUGUAUAUAGCAGGAUGAUCACAAACUUUUUUAGUUACAUUUCUGAGGUUUGUUUUUCAUACACAGACCAAAACAAAAGUUGAAGAAGACAACCUGUCUCCAUCCAUGUGUGGGAACCUUACCCUUCUUGGAAUGCAUGUUUUUGCUUACUCCAUCAUUUCUAAAUCAUGUGAAGAUGGAGACCUGGUGUGGUUGCACUUUUCAUAUUGAUCCACAAUCUCAGAUCAAUGGAAAAGACACUAUAAUGCCAUCUUUCAUUUUGCUAAAUCUUUAUUGUCAUUUUGCUGUAUCAGAGACAAAAAGAGCUUUUCAAGAGGGGAAAUCUUCCACAGAUUUUUUUAAAACUAAAAAUUAAUUUUGUGGCCUCCAUCUGGUAGUACCUUACGAAGUUCCAACAGUAUAUAGAUGUAUAUAUACUGAAUAUAUAUAUAUAUAUUCACUGCUUAUAUCCAUCUUUCCAAUACUAAGAAAUAAACAAGUGUUCACAGAUAUAAGGGAAAAUGGUUUUAUUUGCUUACAUUUUCAGAGAUGCGAGCAUUGACCUGUUUGAAUAAUCAUUGCUGCAAUAGUGAAAGCCUUCACAUGGCAUAGACUGAAUAUAAGGUGUUAAUAAUCAGAGUGCAGCAGCAGUAAUGUGAAUGAGGAACUUUCCAGAAAGGGUGCAAGGGGAGAAUCACAUAAGCCCUUCAACUUGACAGUUUUAGUCUGCUUGUUUAAGAAGCACUAUCCCAAAAUCCAACAGGUUGAGGAGCAAGCUGCCCACCUAACAAAAAAGAGUUUCUUAUGCCUAUACUCUGACUUGGUACAUUUGGCUGGGUAUAUUGCAGAUGUGAAUACUAGAAGUUGAAUGUUUUUAUGAAAUAGCAAAUACUGGCAAUCAUACAGUAAGAUAAAAUAUUUUUUAAUUGGCCCUCAGAGUAUCCAAAUGCUAAGUCAAGUAGGAUGUUUCUUAUCUGGCUAGAUGCUUUAGCAGUUCCAUAUCAAGACUGUGCAAAAACACAGGUUAUUUAGGAAAGAGCAACAAGAUAAAGAGCCAUUAAAUGCACACUGUCAUUAGCACUCUCAUUUUUUAAAUUUGUGUAUCUAUAUUUUUAAACUGUCCUCGUUGCAUCCAUUUCUGUAUGCAUCAGUAAAGCUGGCAGAAUCUUGAUUCAUUUCCUCAUUCAGAAAAUAUUUAUAGAUAUUGCUGCUAAGCAUUAGUCAAAACUCAAUUUUCCUUUAACUCCCUGACACUGAGACCCUGCUAAAGAAACACUUCAGCACCUUUACUCACUUUCUUUUCAGUCUUGCAAUUUCUUUAUUUAAUUCCCACCAGAAAGGAAUAUUUUUUUUUUCCCCAAAAAUAAUCUAACUUAUAUUUUUAAGCUUCUGUGUUUUUCAAUAUCAUGAAAGAUUCAUUCCAUUUAAAUGACCAUGGGUGAACAGCAAAUAACUUAAUUUGACAUUAAACUACAUUCAUAGAUUUGACAUUAAUAUUUGCAUCUCAAAGAUUGACUUGAAACCUAACAGUAUGUAGGUAAGUUGCAUGUUCAGGACAAGGGGAAAAAUAAUGCAUUGUGUUUAAUAUUUAAUCAAGAAAAGCACCCUGUGAAGACUUGCAACGUUUAUUUUGUUUAAAAAGUACUAUUUUUGGUGCUAGUAUACCUUUUUUCUUUCGAUGGCAAAGCUAUAGUUUGAACUGCCUGUGUGUUGUAUCUUUUAGUAGCAUUCCUCCAGAUAGAUAUGAUUUGUUUUGUUUAGUUUGUGACAGGAACAGUAGUUCCUCUACCAGUCCUUUCAGUUGUAGAAGUCUGUAGUGGUAUUGGUCUACACAGUUUCUGUAUCCCUGACCUUUUCAGGUGUGAUUAAUUCUUGUUCUUUUGAGAGUUUUCAGUAUUUGUUUCACACCAGGUUUUGUAAUCAUCUGUUACUCCAGUGUAUUAUAACCACAUUGUGCAGAAGUCCUGUUACAGAAGCAGCAAGCCUUUGAAGCACUGUAUGGAAUAUGUCUGACAUACAUGGUCCUUGUCUUCAUAUCCAUAGAUUAGCUAUGGGGAAGCUUUCUUUCAGGAUGCUUUGGACACCUUUGUAUUUUUUUCCUGAGGUAAAGCAUGAAAUGCUAAUUCAUGGAACAAUGUAUUUUUUUGAUUUAUAUUUUUAUUUAUUGCUGAAUUUGAUGUCACAUUCUGAUAGUGUAGCAAGGCAGAAUGACACUCUUCAUCCAGCUGUUUAUAUAUAUAUUUUUAGUCCACCAUGUAAGUUGUAUGAAUGAGUUUCAGAAUGAUCAAAUCCAUAUACCUGCACAAGUGUAAAGUAUAGAGUUUUAAAAGGGAUAAUUCUUAAGAUUACUGUACAGUGUGGAAAGUUAGCAUUGGCUCCACUGAGCAUUACACUCAUGGAAGAGUGCAUGUGAGUAUCAGUUACUCUCUUAAACCAGCAGAAGAGACAAUGCAAUCCCAAACGAGAUGAGCAGACCUUUGGUCCUUGUGGCCAGGUGGUGCUGCAUAGGGCUGGGGGCCAUGUCAGGGGAUGUGGUUUGGAUCCUGGACCCCUGGCCUCUUCACUUGGCUGCACCUCCCUUUCCCCAGCAGGGAAACAGGAUGAGUGAUGCAUUCUUCCCUUGCAAAGCAAUUUGAUACGUGCAGGAGGAAGGACCUAGGUAUUGAUGCUUAGUAACCAGGGGAAUAUCAACAACUUUAAUCAUGGGGUUUGAUUGAAUCAAGACCACUUCAGUGAGUAAAAACUGCAGAGAUACUCCCAGUCUAUUGAAUGUGAUGAUGUUCAAGGCAUGAAGCGUUGACCUUUCCUUUCAAAUUUCCUCAUCACUGCUGCUUGACCAUCUUAAAUUACAUUUUUAAAUAUCUGUCUUUUACCUAAUGAGACACAUAAAUUUUCACACUGGAGAGUUACACAAACCACUAAUAUCAAAGGUAGAGGUCAAAAGGAAGCCUAAAUUUUAGUCAUUGCAAAAAAAAAAAAAAAAAAAAAUAUUUGAUUUCAGUGACCAGAAUUAAAACUAACACCUGAUUUUCUUUAUUUUCUUUCUGCAACUUCCUUUUAUGGAUCUGAAUGUUGCUAUGAUGAACAAGUAAAGAUUUUCUUGCACCCUCUGUACUGAAGUAUUUUACGUGGUGGUUGGAUUCAUUAAAUGCUGUUAGAUACAAGUGCCUGCCACCAUCAUUUCUGACAGAAUUUCAAAAAUAUGCUACACAGAGCAAGUGGAGUUUGUAUUUAAAAAAAAAAAAAGAAAAAAAAAAGGAUUUGAAGUGUUGUUUUUGUUUAAUUUUGUUUCUAAAUGCAUCCAAUUAUCAAUGCUGCUUGGAAAUCUAAUUUUCUUUGGAAAACAGGGGGCCUUAACUUAACCUGGGACCGUUAGCGUUUUACUUGUUUCUAUUUAAAAAGAGAAAUUGUAUGAAUUUCCCAGAUACCAUUGGUACUUGCACACUUCUCUGAAGUAUUAUGAAGAGUUGAGUUGGUGGAAGAAUGUUUUACAUAUUGUUAACAUAUAUGUGGAUAUUCUUAUAUUAUUGUACAUGUUUGGGAAAAUAUCACACAACUUUAAAAAUGUUACUAAGAUGUAUGUAUCUGACUUUUUCCUUUGGAAAAUAUUAUAUAUUUUUAUUUGUAUUUUUUACUUUUUUAAGUUCAUCUAUAUGUGCUGUUAUUUUUGUAUUGCAAAUGGUCUCAUAAGUGCAGUAGAAGAGAUAAAAAUACAAACAAAAGUAAUUUGGUAAGGAUUACAAUGCUUGGGGGGAAAAACACAUGGGUCAGUAUCAUAAUAUCAAUACUAGAAAUAUUUUGAGUGUCUUAGCGCUGUAAGUAUGUCACGAGACCUCUUGACAAGUAGUGUAAAUUACAAGGUUUUAAUCACCCAUUUUAAUUUGUUAUUAAUUACCACUUUCCUGUGGCCUCUGGUCUUGACUUAAUUGAACCCGAUCAAACAGCAUGCUUUUUUUGGUUUUAUUAUUAAAAUCGCUCCUUGUUUUUUGAUUGAAUACUGUUUUGUUUUCUUUCAGUUUUGUACUUCAGGUUUUGUUUCUUGCUUGUGAGAAGUUGAUCUUCAGAAUUAUUUUUACACUAUUUAUGAUUUAUUUUCAUAAUGUAAAAAGUGUGUAAUUAUUAAAAUAUUAAUCCAACCACU